AUGCAGAUCGAUGGCACUUAUCUGAAUCUCGGUGACUGCUUUGUGCAGGGCAUUAUGGAUGGUGAGAUCAUGGGUAUGGAGCAUUUUCGUGUCGAAGAGCUCAUCGACAGCGUUCGUAUCCUCGCGAAGAUUCAGAGCGACUGCAACGGAUUGAACACACUUACAACGUCCCGAUAUAGCACAAACGCCAUGGAACUUACGCUCGAUGCACUUGACAGCCCUGAGACCGUUGCUCAGGCGAUUACGCUAGUUGAUGCUCGCUUCAGAGCCAUUUCAUCUUUACAGGAGAUCAUUGUCGAAGUGUACGAGGACGGUCCGAGUGAUGAUAUAAGAACGGAAAUGAAGAGUCACGGAUGGACAAUCAGUGCAACCAAAAAAGGGAAAGAGUUAGGCUCUGACAGCUCUUUCGACGACAUCGGAGUUGAUUAUGAUCGCUAUGAUGAUUAUGACAUUGACAACGAUAGUGACUUUUGGAGAAGGGCAGCGGACUGA